AUGGCGAACAGACGAGGCGUUUCUAAGCGACCUGCAGCUUCUACAGAAGAGGUCGAGUGUUGGUCGCACGCAGCAACGUCGCUUUCUAGGCUGACAACAAUGUACACAAAUCCCGAAAAAUCCGAUACAAUAGGCCGAGUAAAUAGAUUGCUUGCCGGGUGGCCGCCAGGGGAUACCCUACCCGCGGAAGGCUACGACAGCGUGAAGAGUAACUUCAAAAAACUAAUACCGGGUCUUCAUGACAUCAAAACCACGGCAGAAAAAGAGAUAGUGGCCAUCGACGAUGUGAUUGAGCGCCUCGGGAUUCUGGUUGCUUUGCGGAAAGCAUCAGAGGCUAUUCCUCCAGAGAAGCGAGUCAAGCGGCCUCGCGCACAUUCACCAUCUUCUGCACCGACUCCCGUCCUACCGGCCACAACUAUUACAAGCCGUGCGGUAUCGAUAACUGUUCCGCCACGAAAUUCUGUUGGUCCACAACCACAAAUACCCUUUUCUCGCGAGCCAAGGGCACGAAGGGAUGCACUUGCAAACCAAUUGCCAUUACAGGAGGGCAGGAAGGUGGCCUUCCAUCCGCCUCAAAAUACCAGCAAGACAUCAGAAAGUGCUACUGGAGGUAAAGACGAAGAGUGGAUCUUAGCAGUCGUUACAAAAUGUAUAAACCAAGACAGGAAUCGAUAUGUGGUACAGGACCCGGAACCACAAGAAGACGGUCAACCUGGACAGUGUUACAACACAACACUGCGCGCCAUAAUUCCGCUACCCGACCCAAAUGCGCCUCCAGACAGUGCUGCACAUCUGAACGCAUAUCCGUCAUUCACCGCCGGAUCAACCGUCAUGGCACUCUAUCCAGAUACCAGCUGUUUCUAUCGCGCAGAGGUGGUUGCCAGCCCGAAAGAUAUGCAAGCAGUGGGUCGGACAGGGUCCUCCACAAAACAUAUGCCAAUACCAAUGUACAAGCUUCGGUUUGAGGAUGACGACGAUCAAGAGCACUACGUAUCAGCCCAAUCGGUAGUUGAAUUCCCUCGCUUGACUUGA